UACUCACUGAGAGCAGCACCGGUAGAGUAGGAGGGAGGAGGGGUGGAGCAGCUGGCUAUGUAUUCAGUCCUCUACCACACCUAUAGCUACUCUUCAUUUCCCAGCGUUACAACUAAAUCAAGGCAAGCAAGAUGUGACAAUUUUCACAAAUCAGGAUCCUGUUCCUUGAUAUUCAUUUCCAGUUCUGCUCUGCACCUUGGAACUAAAACCUACUGCCACAAAAACCAUGUUACCCAAACAGUGGAAAGUGGGAUCCCUGAUCAUCUUAAUGAUAUUCCUGCUUCUGUUCUUAAUGCAGAACACACGGGUUGUGUUUCAGGAGAAACAAUUAGAAGACCCCAGAAAUGAUGAUUUGAAUGAACAUUUAAUGGAAAUAAAACAAAAUGAAAGGAAACUUCUGCUGCGUCGCCCAAAUAUAAGACGGAAAGCUGCUCUCGAAGUCCUCACUCCCUGGCUCGCACCUAUUAUAUGGGAUGGAACAUAUGACCUUCGUAUUUUAAACAACCAGUUUAAAGGCAAAAGGAUUGGACUGUUUGUGCUUGCAGUGAAAAAGUAUAUUCGAUUUCUCCUUCCAUUUUUGGAAUCGGCAGAACAACAUUUUAUGGUUGGGUACAGUGUAACAUAUUAUGCAUUCACUGACAACACUGCAGCAGUACCGAAAAUAAGUUUGGGUGCUGGACGCACUUUGAACCUACUGGAGGUUGAAGCUGAUAAACGCUGGCAGGAUAUUUCGAUGAAGCGUAUGCAGAUCCUGGUUAACUUGACCCAUGAUCGGCUGCCAAAGGAGGUGGACUACUUGGUGUGUGCUGAUGUGGAUAUGGUAUUUAAUGACCAUGUAGGAGUAGAGAUCCUAGGGGACCUGGUGGCCACUAUACACCCUGGAUUUUUCCUUACUCAACGUAAUGAGUUGAGUUACGACCGGAACCCAGAAUCAGCAGCCUAUAUACCAUAUGGAGAAGGAGAUUUCUACUACAUGGCUGCUUUCUAUGGGGGGACAGUAGAAGAGAUUAAUAAACUUAGCACAUUUUGUCACAAAGGCAUUGUUGCUGACAAGAAAAAGAACAUUGAAGCUGUGUGGCAAGAAGAAUCUCAUUUCAAUAAGUAUCUUUUCUUUAAUAAACCCACUAAAGUCCUAUCUCCUGAAUAUAUCUGGGAUACUAACUUACCUAAUGGUGACCUGGUGAAAAAGAGGAGAUUCCUGGCUGUGCACAAGAAUCACAUAGACGUCAGGAACUAAGGCCCAUAGCGGUGGCAGUGAAAAAGACUAAAAUUUCUUGUCCAGGGACCCACAUUUUUACCAACUCAGACUCACAACUCUACCUGCAACCCAACAUGCUGCCCACCAUAAAACUGUUGAUUUUAGCACAGAAGUGGAGUUUUGCUGAAUAAAAAAAUGCCUGGUGCAGUCAUA